AUGAGCGUCCUCGUCACCGGAGCCACAGGCAAACAAGGCGGCGCUACAGCGCGACACCUAUUCGCGCGCGGAAUCGAAGUACACGCACUGGUCCGCACGCCCAGCAGCGCCGCGGCACUCGAGCUCCAACGGCUCGGCGCGACGCUCAUCAAAGGCUCCUUCGACGACCUGGAGUCACUGCACCGCGCGUGCGAGAACAAAACAACCGUAUUCCUGAACGUCUCGCCGUCCUUCCGCAACGACGGCGCCGAAGUCCUACAAGCAACGAACGUCAUCCACGCCGCCCGCGCCGCCGGCACCGUCACCACCCUCGUCUACGCCAGCGUAUGCGGUGUCGAGCAGCGCGAAUCCUUCCCUAACUGGACCACCUGGCCGGCCGACAACCUCCUGAAGAACUAUUUUCUCGACAAGGCGGCCAUCGAAGAUCUUGUGCGGUCGUCCGGGUUCACCAACUGGACCAUCCUCCGUCCGCCCGUCUUCAUGACAAACUACCUCGACCCGACAGCGUCGGCGUUCUUCCCCGAGCUGACCGCAUCGCAUGUCUUCCGGGUGGCGUUGGCGGAGGGCAAACGCACCAUGUUGAUCAGUCCAGACGACAUCGGGCGGAUCGCGGCGGCGGUGAUCGCGGAGCCGGGACGGUUCCGGGGUCGGGCGAUUGAUAUCGGGGCAGAGGCGUUGACGGCGGAGGAGGUGGCGGGGGCGCUGGCGGAGGUCAGUGGGAGGGAGAUUCGAGUGGAGCGGAUUCCCGAGGGGGAGGCGACGGAGCUGGCGAAGACGAAUGUGCAGAUUGAUAUACAGCUGUGGUUUUGGGAGCGACAGACGCUGUUUGAUCCGAAGGAGUUGGAGGCGGAGUUGGGGUUGAAGUUGACUGGUUUUCGGGAGUUUUUGCGCGCGAAUGAGGGCUUGGUGAGAGAGAUGCUGGGGUGA